UGUUUGGUGGUUCCUACCGGACCUCCAGAAGAUGGGUAAAGGUGGUGGGACACGAAUACCACUAUGGAUAUCAAUACUAGCCCUGGUCUUCAUAGAGAUCAAAGCUUUCAAAUCGCAAGGAGUGACAAUCAUUCCACCUUUUCCAAACGCACUGAACGUAAAGGCUGGCAACCCCUAUCACAAUGGCCGUGUUUGCAGCACAUGGGGUAACUUCCACUUCAAGACCUUUGAUGGGGACAUCUUUUACUUCCCUGGGGUCUGUAAUUACAUCUUUGCAUCCAACUGCAAGUCUUCCUAUGAGGACUUCAACAUCCAGAUUAGGCGUGCAAUGGUGGAAAAUGCUACUGUGAUCACUCACGUCAUCAUGAAGCUGGAAGGAGUAGUGAUCGAACUGACCCCCACCUCUGUCCUGCUCGACAACAAACUGGUCCAGAUGCCCUACAGCCAUAUGGGAGUCUUUAUAGAAAGAAGUAACAACUAUUUGAAAGUUUCUGCCAAGUUGGGAUUGACCUUCCUUUGGAAUGGACAAGAUGCCCUCCUGGUGGAACUAGAUAAGAAAUAUGCCAAUCAAACUUGUGGACUUUGUGGGGACUUCAAUGGAAUUCCAGGCAGCAAUGAAUUUAUUUCAGGGAAGACAAAACUGACCCCCAUACAGUUUGGUAAUAGGCAGAAGAUGGAUGGACCCACAGAGCAGUGUGAUGAUCCUAUUCCUCCUACUUCUCUGAUGAACUGCUCAAGAGAAUUUGCCUCUAUCUGUGAGACAGUAUUGACCAGCAAAGCAUUUACAAGUUGUAACAUGCUUGUGAAUGUCCAGGACUACAUUGAGACUUGCAUACAAGACCUGUGCCACUGUGACAGCUCUAUGGCUGACUUCUGCAUGUGCAACACCUUUGCUGAGUACUCCCGGCAGUGUGCUCAUGCGGGUGGACAGCCCCAGAACUGGAGGACCUCAGAUCUGUGCCCCAAAUCAUGUCCAUUCAACAUGCAAUACCAUGAGUGUGGCUCUCCCUGCUCCGACACGUGCAGCAACCCAGAACGAUCUGCGCUUUGUGAAGAUCACUGUACAGAUGGCUGUGUCUGUCCUCCAGGAAUGGUAUUUGAUGAUGUUAAUGGUGCCGGCUGCAUUCCCCGCAGAGAAUGCCACUGUACCUAUGAAGGUGAAACUUAUGCUCCUGGUGCCUCCUUCUCAUCUAAAUGCAGAUCAUGUACCUGUGUUGGAGGUGAAUGGUCUUGUGUCACUCAGUCGUGCCCUGGGACUUGCAGUAUUGAAGGAGGUUCCCACAUUUCAACAUUUGAUGAGAAAUACUAUUCCUUCUUUGGAGACUGUAGUUAUGUCCUAACCAAGCUCUGUGACAGCAAUGAAUUCACAGUGUUGGGGGACAUCCACAAGUGUGGCCUGACUGACACAGAGACAUGCCUCAAGGGUGUGGCCAUCAGCCUAAACGGAGGACAGACGAGCAUUGUGAUCCAGCCUUCUGGGAGUGUAUUUGUGAAUAUGAUCUACACACAGUUACCAUUCUCAGCAGCAAACGUCACCAUCUUCAGGCCUUCAUCUUUCUUCAUAAUUCUGCAAACAAAUUUUGGUCUUCAGCUGCAGGUUCAACUUGUGCCUUUAAUGCAAGUUUUUAUAGACUUAGACCCAUCACAUAAAGGGCAGACCUGUGGUCUCUGUGGAAACUUCAAUGAUGUACAGACAGAUGAUUUCAAAACCACCAGUGGUGUGAUAGAGGGCACUUCAGCUGCCUUUGGCAAUACUUGGAAAACUCGGGCUGAUUGUCCUGAUGCCAAAAAUACCUUUGAGGACCCCUGUACUGUCAGCAUACAAAAUGACCAGUAUGCUCAGCACUGGUGUGGACUGCUCUCUGAUACCAUGGGACCUUUUGCUGAAUGUCACUCAACAGUGAAUCCAGAAGUCUACCAUAAGACCUGCAUGUUUGACACGUGUAACUGUGAGAAGAGCGAGGACUGCAUGUGUGCUGCCCUUUCCAGCUAUGUCAGAGCCUGUGCUGCCAAAGGAGUUCUUCUCACUGGAUGGAGGAGCAAAGCCUGCACGAAAUACACCACCUUGUGUCCGAAGUCCCUGAAGUACACCUACAGCGUCAAUUCCUGCCAGCCCACCUGCCGCGCUCUCAGUGAGCCUGAUGUCACAUGCAGCAUCAAGUUUGUCCCAGUUGACGGCUGUACCUGCACAAAUGGAACCUACAUGGAUGACAGUGGCAAAUGUGUGCCUGCUUCUAGCUGUCCUUGUUACUACAAAGGAACGCCUCUGUCUUCUGGAGAAGUUGUUCAUGAUAAUGGUGUUGUCUGCACUUGUGCCUAUGGAAAGCUGAGCUGCAUUGGAGAGAAGCCUGAACCAGUCUGUGUGCCUCCCAUGGUUUAUGUUGACUGUGGCAAUGUCACUGCAAAUGUGGUAGGAGCAGGAUGCCAGAAGAGCUGUCAGACUCUAGAUAUGGAAUGUUACAAAACUCACUGUGUCUCUGGCUGCGUAUGUCCUCAUGAUCAAGUGUUGGAUGGCAAAGGUGGCUGCAUUGCUCCAGAAGACUGUCCUUGUAUUCACAAUGGGAAUUCCUACAGUGCAGGAGAAUCAAUCAGAGUUGGCUGUAACAACUGCACAUGUAGAAACAGAAAAUGGCAAUGCUCUGAGGAACCCUGCCUAGAAACAUGUUCUGUUUAUGGAGAUGGGCAUUAUACCACUUUUGAUGGCAAACGCUUUGAUUUUGAAGGAGACUGUGAAUAUGUUCUGGUCCAGAACUACUGUGGUCAACAAGCUAUGAACCAGGGAACAUUCAGAGUCAUCACUGAGAACAUUCCAUGUGGCACUACAGGAACUACCUGCUCUAAGUCUAUUAAAGUUUUCCUGGGUAACUAUGAGCUGGUACUCAGUGAUGGACACUCUGAUGUCAUCCAGAGGACACCUGGAGGAAAAAUGCCGUUCCAAAUACGCUCCAUGGGCAUCUACCUGGUGGUGGAUACUACUGUUGGUCUGAUACUCAUGUGGGACAAGAAAACCAGUAUAUUCAUCAAACUUAGUCCCAGCUUUCAGGACCAGGUCUGCGGACUUUGUGGAAACUAUGAUGGCAAUGGAAAUAAUGACUUCACUACUCGCAGUCAGUCUGUGGUAGGAAAUGUGCUGGAGUUUGCCAAUAGCUGGAAAGUAUCUUCUAGUUGCCCAAAUGCCAAUCGUACGCAGGAUCCAUGCACUGCAAACCCAUACAGGAAAGCCUGGGCACAGAAGCAAUGCAGCAUCAUCACCAGUGAAGUGUUUGCUAAGUGUCACUCACAGGUUGAACCAAAUGAAUAUUACCAAGCAUGUGUGGACGAUGCUUGUGCCUGUGACACUGGAGGAGACUGUGAAUGUUUCUGCACAGCAGUAGCUGCCUAUGCUCAAGCCUGUAAUGAGCUAGACAUCUGCAUAUCAUGGAGAACCCCAUCCAUUUGUCCUCUCUUCUGUGAUUACUAUAAUCCACAAGGGGAAUGUGAGUGGCACUACAAGCCAUGUGGAGCACCUUGUAUGAAGACCUGCAAUAAUCCAAGUGGGAAAUGCCUUCAUGAGAUGAGGGGUUUGGAAGGUUGCUAUCCACAAUGUCCAAAGAAUAAGCCCUAUUUUGAUGAGGAAACCAUGACCUGUGUUUCUUAUUGUGGUUGUUAUGAAGAUGGAAAAAAUUACAAACCAGGAAUGGAGAUGCCUUCAAAGCAGAAUUGUGAAUCAUGCGAAUGUACAAUUCAUGGCAAAGUAUGCAGAUAUGAUGAACAUGAAUGUGUCUGCAUUUAUGAGGGGCAGAAGUACAACUACGAAGAUGUGGUCUACAACACUACAGACGGCACAGGAUGGUGUAUUGUUGCAACCUGCGGGCCCAAUGGAACACUUCAAAGGUUUAUGUAUGAUUGUCUAACCUCAACGUCACCCACAACAUCAACGACAUUUCACUUCACGUCUACACCACCUACCACUACUUCCACAGUGUCACCAACUACAUCAGUAUGUGUUCAUGAAGUCUGUAAGUGGUCCGAAUGGUACGAUGGGAGUCUACAAACCCCUGGCUAUGAUGGAGGAGAUUUUGAAACUUUCAAUGAUUUACGAGCAAAAGGUUAUGAAGUUUGUGAAGCCCCAAAGGCUAUUGAAUGCAGAGCAGAAAAGUUCCCUGAUAUACCACUGAAAGACCUUGGCCAAAAAGUAGAAUGCAGUACAACACGAGGGCUUAUAUGUUACAACAAAGAUCAAAUUUCAACAAUGUGCAACAACUACCAAAUCAGAAUCCUCUGCUGUGUUUUUGUACCAUGCUCUUCCACAACGUCAUUCAGCGCAUCAACCCCAGUCACAUCUCCAAUUCCGACAGAAACAUCUACUGAAGCAACGUAUUCAGUUACUACUGAAAGUACAACUUUGAUACCUUCACCUACUGAAGAAACAACUAGAACCACAACACCUGUCACCACAUCUCCUUCUACAACUCCUCUUUGUUACAAAGAAAAAUGCUACUGGUCAAGAUGGUAUGAUGUAAGUUAUCCAGGUUCAGGUUACGAUGAUGGAGAUUUUGAUACGAUUGAGAACAUUGAAAAUAACGGAUACAAAGUCUGCAACAAUAGAAAGGAUGUGGAAUGUAGAGCAGUACGGUUCCCGAAUACACCAUAUCCUCUACUAGAGCAAAACAUAACAUGUAACACAGAAGAAGGGUUGAAAUGUUACAAUAAAGAUCAACUUCCACCAAUCUGCUAUAAUUAUGAAUUAAGAUUUAAAUGCUGCGUGAAUAUUCCAGUGCCAUGUGAAACAACCCCUGAAAUUCUGACAAAAACAACACACCCAACUACUAUUCCAUCAAGUACAAUAUCCACAACAGAAUCUACGACUCUAAGUUUGCAAACAAAACACAAGACGUCCACAGGAUACCCAGUUGAACCACAAACAGAUUAUAUACACACCAGAAUAACAUCAAACCCUACAAGGCAAACUCAAACACCAACUACUACAACACCAGUGCUAAGCAGCACAACCACAAAAACCACAACAUCUUCACCUACCGCACCCUGUGAGCCCGAAGUGUGCACCUGGAGCGAAUGGUUUGACGUCGACUUCCCCUCCUCGGGGCCCAGCCAGGGAGACUUCGAAACCUACCAGCACAUCCGCGCCGCCGGCAAGCAGGUCUGCCGGCAGCCAAAGCAGAUCGAGUGCCGGGCGGAGGACUACCCCGACGUUGCUAUCCAGCAGGUGGGGCAGGUCGUGCAGUGCGACGUCCACUUUGGGACUGGUGUGCAAGAAGAGGACCAACUACAAGUUCAAGAUGUGCCUCAACCCACAAAUCCUGUUCCUCUGCACCCCCAAACACAACCCAUUCCCCACAACCCCGUGAUAACAACCGCCCCACCCCACCACGUCCACUCCAUCCCCCCUCCACCACCACAGUCCCACCUCCACCUCCCACCCGUACACCUCCACCACCACGAUCCCACCUCCCUGAAUCCGCGUGCCACCAUGGACCACCAUCCCCUCGCGACGUCACGACAACUGCCUCCACCGCCCCUAACCGGCACCAGACGGCACUUCAAGAUUGCCUCAACCCACAAGAUCCGUGGCUCUGCGCACCCCCAACAACUACCCCCUUCCCACAACCCCAUGAUAACACCCCCACCACCAGCACCACGACCACAUCGACCCGUCUCCACCCACCCAGUCACCACCUCCCCCACGCCGCACCUCCCCCACGAGCCACCUCCAGGAAAUCACGCGUCACCAGCACAUCCCCACGCCGACGACGUUGCACUGUGCCUCACACCCCCUGGCCCGAAGUUGCACCUGGGCAAUGGUUUACUGACUUCCCCCUCGGGGCCCACCCAACGGACCAACCACCACACCACCCCCGCCCGCCCAACAUCUGCGCACCAAAGCAAUCGAGUCCCGCGGACACACCCCGACGUGCUAUCCACAGUGGCACGGUCCAGGCCGACGUCCCCUUUGGAUGUGCAAACCCCCCAGGACCAGACCUGGAGCAACGACAAUGCCCCCGCCACUCAAGACUCCGCCCGGCAUUCGGGCGCACACCAACGGCCGCGGACAGCUCAUCCCACCAACGCGCCAUCCGCGCCGCCGGCAAGCAGGUCUGCCGCAGCCAAAGCAGAUCGAGUGCCGGGCGGAGGACUACCCGACUUGAUCCAGCAGGUGGGGCAGGUCGUGCAGUGCGACGUCCACUUUGACGGUGUGCAAGACGGCACCAGACGGGCAAGUUCAAGUGUGCCUCAACCACAAGAUCCGUGCUCUCUCCCCAACACAACCUCUCCCCACAACCACCUGACACCCACCCCCCCCACACCACGACCCAUCACCGUCCUCCACACCACAUCACCACUCCCCCCACGCCGUAACCCCACCACCACAUCCCACCCCAUCGGAAUCACCGUCCACACACCAUCCCCAUCCCAGCGCGACGACUCACUCCCCACCACCCCUGUGAGCCCGAAGUGUGCACCCGGAGCGAAUGGUUUGACCGUCGACUUCCCGCUCCGCAGGGCCCAGCCGGGAGACUCGAAGCCUCCAGCACAUCCGCGCCGGGCGAGGCCCGCACCAGCACGGGCCGGGCGAGCUACCCCACUUGCAUCCUGGUGGCAGGCUAGGCACGCCACUUUGACUGAAUGCAACGAACGACCAACCGGCAACCACCACGACCCUCAUCCCGUCCCCACCACAUCACCCCCACUCCACGCCGAACCUCCACCCCACGCCCACCUCCAGGACAAUCAUCGCGCCACCUGCACCCACCACGCCGACGACGUCUACACCUGCCCCCCAGUGAGCCCGAAGAUCCCUGCAGAAUGGUUGCGUCGACUUCCCUCCCGGGGCCCAGCCAGGGAGACUGAACCAACCGCCAUUCCGCCCGGCAAGCGUCUGCGGCAGCCAAAGCAGAUCGAGUCCGCGGGAACCCCGACUGCAUCCACAGGUGGGGCAGUCGUGCACCGUCCAUUGACGUGCAAACGGACCAACGGGCAAGUUCAAGAUGCCUCAUCAAGAUCCUUGCCCCACCCCAACUCAACGCUCUCCCACAACCCCCUGAUCACACCGCCCCACCACCAGCCACCCAUCGAUCCGUCUCCCACCUCCACCUCCCUCCAGCCGAGACCUCACCCACGAGUCCCACCCCAUGGAAUCCCCGCCACCACCCCAGCGCGACUUCCACCGCCUCACCACCCCCGGAAGCCCACACCCCGGACAAGGUUUGCCACUCCCACCCCGGGCCCAGCUACCGUACCACUCCGGCCGCCGGCAAGCAGUCCGGAGCAGCAACGUCCGGCGGAGUACCAAGUGUUCAACGUCGUGUCUGCUGCCGAGUCACUUUCACCUCGUGCAAAACAGCCACGCAAGUCAAGUGCCAAUCGAUCCGUCUCCCACCACCCAACUCACCCCACCCCUGAUACAACGCCCCACCACCGCACCGACACAUCGAUCCGCCCCACCACACGCACCACCUCCACUCCCGGCACACACCCCGCCGCCGCAAGCAGGUCUGCCGCAGCAAAGCAGAUCGAGUGCGGCGAGACUACCCCGACGUUCUAUCCAGCAGGUGGGGCAGGUCUGCAGUGCGACGUCCACUUGGACUGGUGUGCAAGAACGAGGACCGACGGGCAAGUUCAAGAUGUGCCUCAACUACAAGAUCCGUGUGCUCUCUGCACCCCCAACUACAAUGCUCAUCCCACAACCCGUGAUAACAACCACCCCACCACCACACCACGACCACAUCGAUCCCGUCCUCCACCACCACAGUCACCACCUCACUCACGCCGGAGACUUCGAAACUACCAGCACAUCCGCCCGCGCAAGCAGUCUGCCGGCAGCCAAAGCAGAUCGAGUGCCGGGCGGAGGAUACCCGACGUUGCUAUCCAGCAGGUGGGCAGGUCGUGCGUGCGACGUCCCUUUGGACUGGUGUGCAAGAACGAGGACCAGACGGGCAAGUUCAAGAUGUGCCUCAACUACAAGAUCCGUGUGCUCUGCUGCACCCCCAACUACAACUGCUCAUUCCCCACAACCCCCGUGAUAACAACCAGCCCCACCACCAGCACACGACACAUCGAUCCCGUCCUCCACCACCACAUCACCACCUCCACCUCCACGCCGUACACCCCACCACACGAGUCCCACCUCCAUGGAAUCAUCGCGUCCACCAGCACCACCAUCCCCACGCCGACGCGUCUACGACAACUGCCUCCACCACCCCUCCGGGAGACUUCGAAACCUACCAGCACAUCCGCGCCGCGGCAAGCAGGUCUGCGGCAGCCAAAGCAGAUCGAGUGCCGGCGGAGGACUACCCCGACGUUGCUAUCAGCAGCCCCACCACACCACGACCCAUCGAUCCCGUCCUCCACCACACAGUCACCACCUCCACCCCACGCCGUACACCUCCCACCACGAUCCCACCCCAUGGAAAUCAUCGCGUCACCGCACCACCAUCCCCACCCGACACGUCUACGAAACUGCUCCACACCUGUGAGCCGAGUGUGCACCUGGAGCGAAUGGUUGACGUCGACUUCCCCUCCUCGGGCCAGCAGGGAACUCGAAACCUACCAGCACAUCCGCGCCGCCGGCAAGCAGGUCUGCCGGCAGCCAAAGCAGAUCGAGUGCCGGGCGGAGGACUACCCCGACGUUGCUAUCCAGCAGGUGGGGCAGGUCGUGCAGUGCGACGUCCACUUUGGACUGGUGUGCAAGAACGAGGACCAGACGGGCAAGUUCAAGAUGUGCCUCAACUACAAGAUCCGUGUGCUCUGCUGCACCCCCAACUACAACUGCUCAUUCCCCACAACCCCCGUGAUAACAACCAGCCCCACCACCAGCACCACGACCACAUCGAUCCCGUCCUCCACCACCACAGUCACCACCUCCACCUCCACGCCGUACACCUCCACCACCACGAGUCCCACCUCCAUGGAAAUCAUCGCGUCCACCAGCACCACCAUCCCCACGCCGACGACGUCUACGACAACUGCCUCCACCACCCCCUGUGAGCCCGAAGUGUGCACCUGGAGCGAAUGGUUUGACGUCGACUUCCCCUCCUCGGGGCCCAGCCAGGGAGACUUCGAAACCUACCAGCACAUCCGCGCCGCCGGCAAGCAGGUCUGCCGGCAGCCAAAGCAGAUCGAGUGCCGGGCGGAGGACUACCCCGACGUUGCUAUCCAGCAGGGGCAGGUCGUGCAGUGCAGUCCACUUUGGACUGUGUGCAAGAACGAGGACCAGACGGGCAAGUUCAGAUGUGCCUCAACUACAAGAUCCGUGUGCUUGCGCACCCAACACAACUGCUCAUUCCCCACAACCCCCGUGAUAACAACCAGCCCCACCACCAGCACCACGACCACAUCGAUCCCGUCCUCCACCACCACAGUCACCACCUCCACCUCCACGCCGUACACCUCCACCACCACGAGUCCCACCUCCAUGGAAAUCAUCGCGUCCACCAGCACCACCAUCCCCACGCCGACGACGUCUACGACAACUGCCUCCACCACCCCCUGUGAGCCCGAAGUGUGCACCUGGAGCGAAUGGUUUGACGUCGACUUCCCCUCCUCGGGGCCCAGCCAGGGAGACUUCGAAACCUACCAGCACAUCCGCGCCGCCGGCAAGCAGGUCUGCCGGCAGCCAAAGCAGAUCGAUCCGGGCGAGUACCCCGACGUUGCUAUCCAGCAGGUGGGGCAGGUCGUGCAGUGCGACGUCCACUUUGGACUGGUGUGCAAGAACGAGGACCAGACGGGCAAGUUCAAGAUGUGCCUCAACUACAAGAUCCGUGUGCUCUGCUGCACCCCCAACUACAACUGCUCAUUCCCCACAACCCCCGUGAUAACAACCAGCCCCACCACCAGCACCACGACCACAUCGAUCCCGUCCUCCACCACCACAGUCACCACCUCCACCUCCACGCCGUACACCUCCACCACCACGAGUCCCACCUCCAUGGAAAUCAUCGCGUCCACCAGCACCACCAUCCCCACGCCGACGACGUCUACGACAACUGCCUCCACCACCCCCUGUGAGCCCGAAGUGUGCACCUGGAGCGAAUGGUUUGACGUCGACUUCCCCUCCUCGGGGCCCAGCCAGGGAGACUUCGAAACCUACCAGCACAUCCGCGCCGCCGGCAAGCAGGUCUGCCGGCAGCCAAAGCAGAUCGAGUGCCGGGCGGAGGACUACCCCGACGUUGCUAUCCAGCAGGUGGGGCAGGUCGUGCAGUGCGACGUCCACUUUGGACUGGUGUGCAAGAACGAGGACCAGACGGGCAAGUUCAAGAUGUGCCUCAACUACAAGAUCCGUGUGCUCUGCUGCACCCCCAACUACAACUGCCCUUUCUCCACUUUCUCAACUGCCGCCAUUACAUCCACCAUUACUACCCUCAGUGAACCCUUCUCCACAACAACUUCUCCCAUUUCAACUACACCGUGUUUCUGCAAGAUUGGUGACUUGAUUUACAACAGAAUUGAUAGUGACGGAUGUCGAUUUUAUGCCAUCUGUAGCCCAACAUGCAAUAUUGAACGACACGCUGUACAUUGUCCUGUCACUACUUUGCCAGCCACCAGUUCCUCUGAGUGGUCUACAAUAACGACAGCAGCUCCCCCUCCUCCCACUUCUACACGUCCUGCUUUUCACGGUUGUGUUUCCAAUAUUUACCCUCCUUUACAACCUGGAGAAAGAUUCAAAUUAUCCAACUGUACAGAAGUCAUCUGUAAUGGAGACAACAACAUAGAUGUAGUACCAACAUACUGCCCACCGGUAAAGGAAAUUACCUGUGCAAACAAAUAUCCACCAAUGCUGGUACCUGAUGAAAAUGGAUGCUGUUACCGAUAUGAGUGUCAAUGUGUGUGUAGUGGAUGGGGUGAUCCUCAUUACAUUACUUUUGAUGGAACCUAUUAUACCUUCCUUGAAAACUGCACUUACGUCCUGGUGAAACAGAUUGUCCCUAGAUAUGACAACUUCCGUGUUUACAUUGACAAUUAUUACUGCGAUGCAAAAGAUGGACUCUCCUGCCCUAAAUCUAUUAUUAUUUUCUACAAAUCUGCAGAAGUGGUGCUGACUCGUCAACUCAUGAAUGGUGUGAUGACCAAUGUGAUGUACUUCAACAAAAAGAUUGUUGGACCAGGCUUCAAAAAAGAUGGCAUUUCUUUCUCCACUCUUGGCAUCAAUAUGAUUGUUGAAAUAGAAGAAAUUGGUGCAGUCAUCACCUUUAGUGGUCUCAUUUUCUCUGUCAAGCUCCCAUACAGCAAAUUUGGCAACAACACCGAAGGACAAUGUGGAACAUGUACAAACAAUAAAGAAGAUGAAUGCCGCUUACCAAGUGGUAAGAUCAUUUCCUCCUGUCCCCAAAUGGCUCAUCACUGGAUUGUUGGCAACAACGAGUCAUGCCAUGGAGUGCCAGUACCACCAACUAUAACCACACCUCCACCAAAGCCGCAAUGUCAAACACCUCCGCUCUGCAAACUUAUCUUAAGCGAGGUUUUUGCAGAAUGUCAUACCGUGAUACCACCAGAACCAUUUUUCAAAGGCUGUGUUUUUGAUGGAUGUCGCAUAGACGAUGAAUCCAUGCAGUGUUCCAGUUUGGAGAUGUAUGCUACAGAGUGUGCUGCUAGAGGUGUCUGCAUUGACUGGAGAGGAAUGACCAACAAUACAUGUUCAUUCAGCUGUCCGUCAAGCAUGGUAUACAAGCCGUGUGGGCCCAUUAAUCCAGUUAGCUGUGACCAAAGCUAUGAGCGUCCUGGCUAUGGAGUAACUGAAGGCUGUUUCUGUCCUGAAGGAAUGACACUCCUGCACGCAGAGAGCAGCAUCUGUGUCUCUGAAUGCUUCUGCAGAGAACCAAAUGGAAUGUCCAGAAAGGUGAGUAUCACAAUGUGUGUGGCUUAA